UUUGGUGAAAAAUCGAGUCUGCAAUUCUUGAUAAACCCUGGACGACACAGAAGUAGACAAGCAGAGGGAACCAUGAGGCGGACGCUGCUGAGAAAUGUCUCUCUCUACGCUCGCAACCGCCUCGUCUCCCCAAAACCUAGCCCUACUUCUUCACUCGCCGCUUCCGCCAGGCUCUUCUCCUCCGACAAAAACGACUCGUCGUCUCCCAAUGACUCGCCCCCAGAAAGCUCCAAUCCCUCUCCUGAGUCGCGCCUCACCCAAGUCUUGAAGAAGGACUCCUCCAUUCAACUCGAGGACAUCAGUAACAAAGAACUGAAAACAAGAAUGGAGGAAUACUUGAAGGAAGGUAAGGAGGAGGCGCUGCCAUCGAUACUCGAAGCGAUUCUGCAGAGGAAAUUGGCUGGGAAGCAUGAGGACACGGAUGAUGAAUUGGUGGAUGAUCUGCAAAUGCAGCCAUUGGAGAAUGUUAAGGACCAAGAGUUUGAAUCUGAUUUCGAAGAAAUCCACGACACCGAUGAAGAGAUUGAUGACUUGUAUGAUGCCAAGGAUGUAGUGGUGAAGAAGAUGGUGAAGGAUGAGUUCUUCAAUAUGGAUGACAAAAAGUGGGAUGGUAUUGUUCAGGAUGCGAUCAAGCACGGGAUUAUGAAGGAUAUGAGAGAGUGUGAGGAAGUUCUUGAGGAUAUGCUUUGCUGGGACAAGCUCUUGCCAGAUGACAUUAAGAAGAAGGUAGAAGAGAAGUUCAAUGACCUAGGGGAUAGGUGUGAAAGAGGGGAGCUUGAACCUGAAGAUGCUUACAAGUUGUUUAAGGAGUUUGAGGACGAGAUUGUCAUGGAAUAUACGAAAAAGGUGGAAGCUCAGGAUCCCUCACAAUUUGACGAGAUAGUUGUACCGGACAUGAAAAGAGACAUAGAGGACCCACCGGGUGAAGGGCCAAUCCUUAGGUGGCAAACACGAGUGGUCUUUGCUCCUGGUGGUGAUGCUUGGCAUCCAAAGAAUAGAAAAGUGAAGCUGUCUGUUACGGUGAAAGAACUCGGGCUUUCAAAGCAUCAAUUCCGUCGGCUCAGAGAAUUGGUUGGAAAGCGAUACAAUCCAGGGAAAGAUGAGCUCACUAUUACUAGUGAGAGGUUUGAACACCGAGAGGAAAAUAGAAAGGAUUGCCUUAGGACUCUUCUUUCCCUCAUUGAGGAGGCUGAGAAAGCUAACAAGCUGGCUGAGGAUGCUAGAGUUUUGUAUGUCAAGGAGAGAUUAAGAGAAAAUCCUGCAUUCAUGGAGAGACUGCGUAACAAGACAAUGAGAUUGCAAGGACAUACCACAGUGACAGCUUGAGGUCUUGUUUUGCAGGAACUUGUUGAGAAUAAAUUUCCAGGUUUGAGAUUUUGACCUUGAUCCAAGAAAAUUAUUUUGCAAUAUAGCAUUCAGGCAUUGGUAGAUUCUGCUAGUUUCAUGCAGCCAUUGUCCUGAAACUUGUUAAGAAUGAAGAGGUGUUGUCUUGUGAAACUUGGUGUAGAAUGCUUCAAAGAUCACCCUUUUUAAGGUCAUUUUUGUUUAUCAAGAUCUUUCAAAUGUAUUAGUUCUAUAAAUUUAACAAUGCUAACAUUUGCUCGAGAAGUAUUUUAUAUUUCAGUGGCGGGUUGCUUUGCUAAUGAUAUAGUUGAAAAUGUUAUAUUAGUGUUAUUUUA